AUGAAACGGGAAAGAGCAGGGCAAGAAAUUGGUUGCAGAACAGUGGCAAGAGUUUAUGGUGAAGAAAGAGACUGUUCGAGCGCCAUUGAAGAACAUAGUUUGUUUAUGAGCAAUGAAUCCAUAAAACAACAGUGGUCUGCGGUCUGUGUUAGCUUCAGUUCUGGCAAUGGACCUUCAACAGUGUUACAUAUGGCUUCAAUUUUAGCAUCUCCAAAGUGCCGUUUAACUGCUGAUUAUUGCAUCUUGGCGUGA